AAUCAUUCUCAUUCCAAUUCCUUCUCAUUCCAAUUCCCAUUCCGAUUUCCAACCUUGAACCAAACGGCCCCUUAGAAUGUAAAUGCUUGGAACAGUUGAAGUUGAAAUCUAACUCAUUAGUUCAUAUUUCACCUAUGGAGCUGCCUGCCUGAUCAAAUAUAACCCUUUAUGAUGAUGCUUGUCAAGAGUUUGCUUUCGAAGAAUGUUCCCUACGCAAGACCACGAUUUUUUUGUGCAUCUCCUAGUGUGCUAAAAACUGGAGAUAUUAUAAGGCAGACAAGAGUAUUUACAAAUGAAGAUGUUAUAGAAUACUCCAAGGUAAGCCAUGAUUUGAACCGUCUUCAUUUCGAUGCUGAAUUUGCACGGAAGGCUGGAUUUGAGGAUCGCAUUGUUCAUGGACUGCUUGUUGCUGCAUUGUUUCCUACAAUAAUUGCAGCCCAUUUUCCUGGAGCUGUGUAUGUUUCUCAAAGCUUGCAUUUUAAGAGUCCGGUAUUUAUUGGAGACGAAAUCAUUGGUGAAGUACAAGUUACGAAUAUAAAAGAAUACAGAACUAGAUUCAUGGCAAAAUUCUCAACAAAAUGCUUAAAGAAUGGAGAAGUUCUUGUUGUUGGUGGUGACGCCGUGACAAUUUUACCAACUCUUGCUAUGAAUAAGGCGAUGGACUGAAUGCAUUGCAGCUAUAGUUUAUGCUUCAAUUACUGCUGCUAAUCCAUAGUCUAAUUUUUUUGAUUAUGCUGUUUGUCAAUUGAUCCCUAUCUUAGUGUGUUAAUCAAGUGUCAUUUUCAAUGUUUAA